UUAGUAAAGAAGCGCUGAAAACAUGGCAGAAGCACACAUGUGCUUACAAAGUGGUGGUUAUGAUGUGGAGCAUUUUGUGGACGUGCCAGACGAUGGCUUGAUAUGCAGUAUAUGCCAGGGAGUAUUGCGCUGCCCGGUACGAGCAGCCUGCCACCAUGUCUUCUGUAAAAAGUGCAUCAUGCAGUGGCUAAAGAGACAGGAAACCUGCCCAUGCUGCAGAAAGCCCGUCAACCAGAGCCUGAUAUUUGUUAUGUUCAAGCUCAGUAAAGCCAUUGGUCGGCUUAAGAUUAAGUGCAGGAAUGAGAUCCAGGGCUGCCGGGCCACUUUUCCCCUCUCUGAGCAGUACUGCCACAGCAUGAGCUGCCCUUUUGAGCUCAUCUCCUGCCCCUACCAGGGCUGCCGGGCACAGAUGCUGCGGCGUGACCUGGAGGUGCACGCACGCCACUGUGAGCACUGGAAGCAGCCGUGCCAUAUGGGCUGCGGCACCGUGCUCUCGCAGCGCACCCGCACUCAGCACAACUGCUACCAGGAGCUGCGGCAGCAGUACGAGGCCAAGCAGCAGAGCCACCGUGCCAUUGCUGCUGCCCUGCAGAGGAAGAUGAGGAAGAUGCAGAACACAAUGGCGCACAUGAAGAGGCAGAUCAGCCUCAUCUGCGAGAGCCUGGAGGUCAUGGAUGAUGUGGUGGAGGUGGAUGAGGCCGAGGAAGAGGAGGAUGUGGCUGAGAGCGGCACAGCAGGCAGCAGCAGCAGCUCCUGAGGGUUUAGGAACAAGGGAUGAGCGAAAUGAUUGCUGAUUACUGCAGUAUCAGUACUUCCAAUCC